CAAGCCCGAACAGCUUCAAAGCACCCCUGCAUGGAUUCUACAAGUGUUUGGAACUCUAUUGGAGGGAUGCGACUCCAUACGUCCACCAUCCUUUUAUGUUUUGUUGAUGGUGGUGGGAAAUGCUGUCUCAGGCACCGCUCCAGAAUCUCAAUUGCGUUGCGAUCUGGUGACUGACACAGCCAUGGAAUAGGGUUUACAUCGUUUUUCAUGCUCAUCAAACCAUUCAGUGACCACUCAUGCCCUGUGGAUGGGGGCAUUGUCGUCUUAUGGGGCCAUAGCCAUGGUAGCCAAAAUAAUGGCCUGCCCAGCAUUUUUUAUACAUGUCCCUAAGCACGGUGGGAUAUUAAUUGCUUAAUUAACUCAGGAACCACACCUGUGGGGAAGCACCUGUUUUCAGUGUACCUUGUAUCCCUCAUUUACUCAAGUGUUUCCAUUAUUUUGGCAGUUACCUGUAUCUUUUAUGAGUCACAAUGGCCCUGCUUUUGUUGCUGCAUAGCCAGGCCUAUUGUGUGUGUGUGUGUAAACGUGUGAAGCAGGCAUGUGUGAAUUGUGACGAGGGGGUACCCAGUCUGAAAAGACUGCGUUCCCAGAAUACUGAUCAACGUCACAAGGAGAGAGCAGGAGAAGGGGGAAAUGGAGGAUGGGAGAAUAGAGCGACGAUGCUGCUGCCAAGGGUGUUUUGCAGGUUGCAGAUAUUUUCCCGUCAGUCUGUUUUUUUCCCCCCUGAUGAUUCUGACUGACUGCAGCAACUGGAGGUCGGAUCUCAUCUUCUAAUGUUAUCCUGAUGGAGUGCUGCGGAAGGAAACAAAGGGCAUUCUAAACCUCCUUUCACUGCUGUAAGGUCAAAUCGUCUGUCGUGGUAAGAACAGGACACUGAUGCCAAGGCACAGCCGGAGAAACCUGCAGAGGUGACAACGAGGGAGGAAAUGAAGAGGGGAUGGGGAGUCAUAGAAAAAGGGAACCAUGCACAUCUCACUGGUUAAGAUGCUGGAGUUGCGGACAAGACAUCCUUGAUUUCUCGAUCACCUACCGGCUACCUGUGUCUGUGUUUUGAUUACAGGAAACCUUGUAUGUUUGACAGACUCUGUAUACUGUAAACUUGAGGGGCACCGAAGAGAGGAGAAGACCGUACAUGUUUUUGGAUGUAUGUAGAUGGGACAGGGGUAACCCCUGGUUGACGGUGCAACAGCUGGUCAGGAAGGCUGAGGCUCCGUGGUCGUGACGGGGGCGGGGGAGGGAUAGAGAGAGGACUAGGUGCGAUGAGGAUGAAUAUUAUCCUCCUGGUCUCAGAUCUGGUUAGUACUGCUGGUUCACCUAAACUGGCUCCAGUCUUGAAGCUUUGGUGUUGAUGGGAUCCAAUGGAGAUUGCGACGCAGAAGGAGCCCUGUAACAAGCGGGUGAAGCCUCUUUCUCGGGUUACGUCGCUGGCCAACCUCAUACCUCCAGUCAAGGCUGCACCUCUGAAGCGGAUCGGACAAACACUGCAGCGUUCCAUCAGCUUCCGCAGUGAGAGUCGGACAGAGUCGGUCAUGCCUCCCAGACCAUGGACGCGGCCGGCCCCGCCUGCCAACACCAAGCGGCGUGACAGCAAGCUGUGGAGCGAGACCUUUGACGUGCGGCUUGGACACCAGAUGCUGUCGUCCAAGGAGAUCAAUCGCCAAGAGGCUAUCUUUGAGCUUUCUCGAGGGGAGAAGGAUCUCGUUGAGGAUCUGAAGCUGGCCAAGAAGGCGUACCAUGACCCAAUGCUGAAACUGUCCAUCAUGACAGAACAUGAGCUCAACCAGAUCUUCGGAACCCUGGAAUCUCUCAUUCCGCUGCAUGAAGAUCUGCUGAGUCGACUGCGAGAGGCCAGGAAACCAGACGGCUCCACAGAACAUGUGGGACACAUCCUAGUGGACUGGCUUCCCUGUCUAGACUCCUACAACUCAUACUGCAGUAAUCAGGUGGCAGCCAAGGCUCUGCUGGACCAUAAGAAGCAGGACCACCGGGUGCACGACUUCCUGCAGCGCUGCCUGGAGUCGCCCUUCAGCAGGAAGCUGGACCUGUGGAACUUCCUGGAUAUACCCAGGAGCCGGCUAGUCAAAUACCCCCUGCUGCUCAGGGAGAUCCUCAAACACACGCCGAACGACCAUCCAGACCGACAGUACCUGGAUGAGGCAAUCAACAUGAUCCAGAGCAUCGUGGCAGAGAUCAACACCCAGACGGGCGAGUCAGAGUGUCGUUUCUACAAGGAACGUCUCCUCUACCUAGAGGGCAGCCAGAGAGACCUACUCAUUGACAGCUCCCGCAUCCUCAGCUGUCACGGGGAACUGAAGAACAACAGGGGUGCUAAGCUGCAUGUGUUCCUUUUCCAGGACGUGCUGGUCAUCACUAGAGCCAUCGCCCACAAUGAGCAGCUGUACUACCAGCUGUACCGCCAGCCCAUCCCCGUCAGAGAGCUGCAGUGGGAGGACCUGCAGGACGGGGUGAUACGCCUGGGAGGUUCCAUCAGAGGAGCCUUCAGCAACAACGAGAGGACCAAGAACUUCUUCAGAGUGUCGUUUCAUAGCAGUAGCCAGCUCCACUCCCACUCCUUCCAAGCCAGCGAUGCCUUCAACAAACAGCAGUGGCUCAACUGCAUUCGACAGGCCAAAGGAGCUGCUGAGUCGGCCAUGGGGGUUGUGGGGUUGGGGAUUCCUGUCGGGGUGGAAACCAGUAUCGGUGACCCAGAGCCCCCUCCAAGCCUACUCAGCCCCCACGGCCCUCUGAGCCCUACAACACCUCCCCUCUCAGGACCACUGGCCCCCCAGCCAAAAAGCAUGGACCAUUGCGACAGUGACUCGUCUGUCGACUCUCCAGGCUGUAGCAUGGACAUGGACACAAGCGAGGCUUUGGCCUCCCCCACAGGCUGCCCUGAUGGACCAAACAGACUCUAGUAGUAGCAGGCCAUCAGAAGUGUGACCUUCGGGGUGUCAUGGCCUCUCUGGGUUAGAGAGGCUAGAGGCUAAACCUUGGCAGUAUUGGUGGCAACAUGGCAAUGCUCCCUAUAUACGGGAGGGAAGAAAUACACUGUGGAAAAUUGGAGCACUUUUUUUUAUUCUACCCACUUUUUUCAUUUGUUAGUUUUCUUUGUUGCUGAACUUGGAAGAAAAACAACUCUCAUUCUCUCUUGAGCAUCUUUCUAUGAGACUGUGGUGUUGUCUGUAGCAGUGACAACCAUGUAUCUUAGCUGUGACUGUCAGGUCUACUGUGGAUGUCUACCUGGAGAGGAGGGAAGGCAGACAUGACUGGGACCACAGGACUGUAUUUUUGUUGUCUCUCCUGGUCCGACUCUGGGCCUCUAGAGACACUGCCAUCACCCGUUAUCCCACUGCAGUACUACUGUGGCCUCCCAGAGCUAAGAGAAUACACUGAUAUUCUCUAAAAUAUAAACGCAACAUUUUAAUGUUCCAUACGCACAAAUUUGUUCACAUCCCUGUUAGUGAGCAUUUCUUCUUUGCAAAGAUAAUCCAUCCACCUGACAGGUGUGGCAUAUCAAGAAGCUAAUUAAACAGCAUGACCAUUACACAGGUGCACCUUGUGCUGGGGACAAUAAAAGGCCACUCUAAAGUGUGCAGUUUUGUCACACAACACAAUGUCACAAGUUGAGGGAGUGUACAAUUGGCAUGCUGGCUGCAGGAAUGUCCACCAGAGCUGUUGCCAGAUAAUAAAAUGUAAACUUCUCUACCAUAGAGAAGUUCAAUGUUGUUUUGGAGAAUUUGGCAGUACGUCCAACCAUGUGCAACCACACCAGCUCAGGACCUCCAUAUCAGGCUUCUUCACCUGCGGGAUCAUCUGAGACAAGCCAGCAGGCCAGCUGAUGAAACAGGAAUAUUUUUGUCUGUAAUAAACACCAUUUGUGGGGGAAAAACCUGUUCUCAGUGGCUGGGCCUAUGCCCAGUCAUGUGAAAUCCAUAGAUUAGGGCCUAAUGAAUAUAUCAAUUGACUGAUUUCCUUAUGUACUGUAUCUCAGUAAAAUCGUUAAUUCUUGCAUGUUGCGUUUUAUAUUUUGUGUGUGUGUGUGUGUGUGUGUGUGUGUGUGUGUGUGUGUGUGUGUGUGUGUGUGUUGAUGUAAGAAUCUAGAGAACAUAGUGUUUGCAAUACCCAGUCAAAAUGACCAGCAGAAUGUUUUCAAAGACAAUCAAUAUGAUGUUAUUAUUGUAGUACUUGACAUGGGGUUGCAGGGGGGUUCGUUAAGGACAGGUUACCGCAACGCUGUAAAAGAGGUUAAAGGUGUUCACCUCAGAAUCUUCCUACAUCUUGGCCAGAAUUGAAAGCUAUGGUGUUCCAUAAGUCAGGAGCUGGCAAUUCUAGAACAGGCCCCAUAUACGGCCUCUUGGUUGUGUAACCUAGUAUAAACACAUGUCACUCAGAGGGGAGAGCUGUUGGUGGGGUUUGAUUCAUUUCAUAAUCGAUUGUGUUUAUUUAAAUCUCCUCUAUAAAGUAAAUUAGUCUGAGGUAAGCACAACAUUAAAUUAUUACAUGAAUUUACAAAUUAUGUAGAAAGACUUGAACAGAUUCCAUAGUUGAGCAGUUAGAUGUAGUCAAUCUCUACUAGAUUCUGUAAGAAGUGUGAAACUUAACAUUUUACAGCAAGUAAAGAACCCAUCCUGGGGGAAGCAGGAUUUUCCAUGGUGUUAAGAGUCAAUGUCUUAAAGAUACAUUUUGGAUUAAAGCCAGUAUUGAAUGAAUUAUUGUUGGUGUGUUUAAUGGUCACGUUUAUCACCCACAAAGUGACUCACUGGUCGCUCCUGUAAAAAGCGAAGCGGAGACCUUUAUUGUUUAAAAGAAGUAGUCACUUGUUUAUGUAUUUGUACUCUGUCCAGUCCUCUGUCACUGGGUGCUCUGUGUUGAACUGACUCACUGCUAAAUUGUUGCCAAAACUGCGUGUGUCAGGUAAUUAUGAUCUUGUGAAAGUUUACUUGUGGGGCGUCAUGUUCCCUCUCAUUUGUAUAGAAGUUCACGCAUUUAAAAGGAAUCGGUUUGACCAAGUAAACACUAAAAUAAAUAUCCCAAAACA